AUGAGCCACCCCUUUUCGUCUACGUUCGACGUUCUCCAGGCCCACUUCACUCAUCAGCGAGACUCCCAACCGGGGCAUGGUGUCCGAGAGAAAACCCAGGACCACGACGCAGAGAUCCACACACACAAUCCGCCGGGUAGUCUGACGCCACAACGCCGGCACAUAUCGGGGUUUGAGCUGCCGCAGAACCCCGGGGAUCUAGCGCGUGACCGGCAGCUAGAUAUAGAACCGAAUCAUAUGCCAGCGCCCCUACCGCGCCGAGGCGACAGGGCCCCGAAUGCAGCAUCGAGCGCCGCGCCGACUCAACGGAAGCCACUUCCAAUUCUCCAGCCUUGUUCGAGAAACGGACGACAAGCGGUCGCCCCGACCUCAGAUUCCGGCGCUGUGCAGUCUGAGCCUUGGCCGAGAACUCUAGAACCGCCGACGGUCCUGCCGGAUCCAGCACACCCAUCCAUAGGCACACCUUACGGCCGCGAAGCAGGUCUGGAGGAGACGAUCCCGCUAUAUGGAUCAACAUCCACAACGAUGACGAGGGGCGAGGCGCCCCCGACGGACUCCACGACUGAUGCGCUUCUAGAGCGGCAAAAUGACCUUAGCAUGGGCCAUCCCCUACCAAGUCUCCCUCAUGGACGUGGGUUAUCCGGAAAAUACUUCGGCAAUGGGGAUAAGCCACGUCGAUCCGGCCGAGGAGAUCGGGGUGGACGUGUCACUAAGAAGCGCGGGCCUCGCAAGGCGGCCGAGCCCACAGGCGACAUCAAAUAUCGUCUCAACAUGGCAUCCAAUGCGUACAUGGACGGUCGCCUCGACGAUGCUAUUGAAUUUGUCGAGGAUGCUAUCCGUAUCAAUGCCGAAACUUACCGAGCCUGGGUGCUACUGGCCUCGUUUCUCCAAGAAAAGGGCGACAAAAAGGGUCACUUCACCGCAAGGGUCUAUGCCGCGCACCUCCAGCCAAAGAUCAUCGAUGGAUGGCUUCAGUGUGCCGAGAUAGGCAUCGGGCUUCGCGACGAAUUUCCAGAGGAGGCGGAUGCAUUUCUCGAGCAAUCUAUCUUUUGUUACUCGAGUGCUUUGAGGGCCGAUACUACCCACAGACCGGCACGGCACGGGAGGGCGGCACUGUAUUUCGAAAUGGGUCGCGUGAGGUCUGCAGCCAAGGACUAUGCCUUCCUAGUUGAGCGCUGCUACUUUGAUGUCUAUGCUCUGCGUGGUCUAGCUGAGAUCUCCGUCCUCCUCGCCGACACCGGUAAGCCUCAGUUCGCGGACCGACCCCGGGAGGCGAUGGUGGCAUAUCGCCGAUGCAUCUCCCAUUUUCGGAACAACGGCUUUGAUUCUCGCUACCCCUUUGAAUGGCAAGAUAUUAGGAUCUUCGUCGACCUUCUUGUCCAUCUCGAAUGGUACGGAGACGCCGUAUACGAACUAAAAUCGCUCUCUAGAUGGCUCCUCGCCCGUUCCGACGAGGCAUUUUGGGACGGCGAAGACGACGAUCGUGAGUGGGAUAUAACAAACACCCGAAGGCUGGAAGUAGGAGGCUACCGAGACGGAGAACAUCCGGCUUCGUCAUACGGCGGUGGGCUUCCGCUCGAAUUACGGACGAAGUUAGCUGUGUGUCGCCUCAAGCUCGGUCGAGAGGACGAGGCUAUGCGUCACAUACAACUCAUCGACCCAGACAGUUCCAACCUGUCCGAGGUAGCUUCUGAGCACCCACACAUCCUGCUUGAAAUAGCCUCUGCGCUAUACGAAGCGGGUCACCUUCGGAGGGCUUUGCGGUAUUAUGAGCCACUCCGCGCCUCCGACCUACUUGAUACCGAAUCCCUAGUCCGGACAGGUAGAUGCUAUCUAGAAAUAGGAGAUAAAAGACUAGCCGAGGAAUGUUUUACACUUGCCAUCGACUUGGACGAAUCAAACAGCGAUGCCUGUAUCGACGCGCGGUAUGAAUUGGCGAAGAUGUACGAAGCGGCGAGGGAAGAGAAGGAGGCUUAUAUCCUCGUAAAUGAAGCCAUCAGACUACAGGAGGCUCGUGAAUGGGCACACGAAGAUGGCCUAGAGGACGAUAACGAAGAUGGAGAGGGUGACGAUAUUGGAUCAUCCACGAUGUCUCAGGUGUUGGAAGCCGGGAGGGAGUCGGGGGCGAGAUCGAAGCAACGACCACUAAUGCCCAAGGUCGAGAAGCCAAAUUCAAGAGCAAAACCCAGCGAGUUGAGAUUUAGAGCGGAUGCGAGGCUAUAUCCUACCAGGCGGCGGCGCAAGGUGUUUGCCCGAACCGAAGAAUUACAGAUGGAAGAUAAGAGGAGGGCAAAGGAGUUGGAAGAAGCGUGGGAGGUGGUUCGUACCAGUCGGGCUCUCUCCGACGCUAAUGCCGAAGGCCCUUCGGGUGUCUUCAUGUCCGCGGCCCAGGAGCUCGUUGACGACUUUAGGUCUUACAAGGAGUUCUACUCGUGGGAUAGAUACCUAGCACACCUUGGCAUAGACCAAGCCCGCCAGAAGGUCGUGGCUCGGAACCCUAACCUCCUGGCGAUGGCAGAACGUCUAUCACACAACCUCAACCCAGAGAGUGCCGGCGCGGAGAGGCCUGUCGCCCAGCAAGUUGCUAUUAGCUACCGGGGUGUUCCCUUCGACGAAUGGCUUGAUCUUUUCCUCGAGUGCGCCCUCGGCCUAGCCCAGACCGGAAAAUUCCAGGACGCGUAUAAAGUGUGCGAAUCGGCGCGGGAUGCUACGAUAUUUUCCAAAUCGAAGGAAAGCAUGUUUCUGAUCCACGUGACGUGGGCUGCAUGUGCGCUGCGCGGCCGGGACGAAGAGACGUGCGUAGCCUCGGCCCGUUGGCUCAUGAGAGAAUACCAGUUCGACACAGAUCCGUUCCGGCUGUUUUCCGCCUUAUCCAGACUGUGCCCAUCGCCGGCGUCGUGGUAUGCUUCCGGCCCCGUACAGAAGUAUAUGCUGCGACAGAUCAAGUUGAUGGAUCGGGCGAUGACCGCGGGAGGGGCGGAAGAUAGCGGGGACGAAGAGGGCGCGCCUAGCGGGAGAGUCUAUGCGGGAAAGGAGUUAGACAUCACGCUGCUGAUGCUCUACGGACACGUUCUAUUCAUAUCCAACAGCUUCACAUACGCACUGAACUACUUCCUGAGGGCGUACAGCCUCGACCCGUCGAAUGGCAUGGUCAUCCUCAGCGUCGGGCACUGCUACGUCCACUACGCGCUGAAGCGGCAGUCGGAGAACCGGCAGUACCUGCUCGUGCAGGGCUUUCUCUUCCUGCACCGGUACUACGACAUCAAGCAGGCGUCGGCGAGCGCGGCGCAGCGGCAGGAGGCGCACUACAACCUGGCGCGGAGCUACCACGCGGUCGGCAUCCCGCACAUCGCGGCCGAGUUCUACCGGCGCGCCCUCCGAGACGUGCCGGACGAGGGCGGGGACGGGGGCAGCGGGGGCAUCAUGGGCAGCAACGACGUCAGCCGCGAGGCGGCGUACAAUCUCCAGCAGAUCUGCUGGGCGGGCGGCGAUAUCGAGGCCGUCAGGGCCAUCGCCGAGGAGCAUCUCGUCUUGUAG